AUGGAGCCAGGCACGCGUGCAGAAGUCGCGGCCUUGUUGGAGAGCUCUCAGGAGCUGGGGACCAAGGUGGAAAAAGUGGUGCAGGUGCUGACGAGCGCAGGUCUUGCGUACAAGCGAAGGGAGCCUGUGACGGCUAUGCUCGUGCAUCCAAAAAAUCGCGGAGGGCUGAUGGUGCAACCACACGAUGCACAUGCCAAUGGCAGAGUCAUGCUUGAGGCCGGGCUGCGGCGGGAGCUCCUGGAAGCUGGCAGCGUUUGCUUCGAGAUGAGCAGCGAUGCCACGUUGCGCGAGUCGCAGUACGCGGCCAACGAGCGCGUAGUCGCAGCUGCAGAGGGAAUGCUGGCGCCCGUGACCCGAACGGAACGGUUUCUCACCGUGGCGGGGUCGCACACAGCGGCCUUUUUGAAGGCGACCGUGACAGGCGCACGUGCCGCGGACGGUAGCAGCCUGGGCGCCCUUGUGGCGGGGCGCGAGCCGGACCACCCGGUGAACGUGCUACUUCGCGACGGCUGGGAAUGGUUGAUCAUUUCCUCUUCUGUUGAGGCGAGCUUUCCAGAGCUGGCGACUUCAUUCCAGCAGUCUUACAACACGGCGCACGCUGCUGCGAAGGUGCUGAGUGAGGUGGAGUGCAUGCAGACUUUUGCAAGUCUGUUCAUGCAGAAGAGAGCACAUGGCAGCUUGACCGAGGAAGAGCGCAAGGACGCUGCCCUGGAGCAGCUCUUGCUGUCGAAACCAGCGUGCGCGAAAUACGCGGGUAGCUUGGCGCAGUACGUUUUGUUGUACGGCGGGGGAGAAGGUGAGCGGUUCCCGCUGGUCGAGUUUUUGGCUUGCUUUAGCAAGGUCUUCGGAGCAUCUAUGAUGCUGGGGGAGGAUUUCGUGCGCGCAGUGGUCGCGACAGAAGUGAAGGGGCAACUUCUGCCGAUGGUGAGGUGCGCCUUGCUGGCAUGCCAGCUUACGGCGCCGGUGCAGAAAUGCAGGGAUGGGUUUGCGCGACUUCUCUUGUCGAGUGACGCAGAGAAGCUACGCGGGGCGGCGCUCGCGAAGCGGGUGGCGGAGACCGAGGAGUGUCUGGCGCGCGCUUGGCCGCUGUACCUGCAGGCGGCAGCUUUGGCGGAGAAUGGGGAGCCUCUGAAGGCUAUGGGCCGCUUGAUGGUGCGAGCCGUGCUCCUGCUACUGCAGAAGCAAAAGGCUGGAAGGGAGGCGCGGGUCUACGCGAACUUGGCGGAGGUGAGCGCGGUGUUCGCGAAGGAGCUGCAGGGCGAGGGUGCGCCUGCAGCGGCGGCGUCCGGGACCAAACGCUCGAAGCAGCAGCCGGAGAGAGCUCUGAGCUUGAAGGAGUGCGCCGACCCGGCGGUCGUGGCACUGCAGGGGAACAAGCACCUGAUGCUGGGAGAGCGGUAUACCAACAAGGAGCACGCUGCACAAGUCUUCCGCUUGGUGAGCUUGGACGCUGCGGGCGCGGUCUUUCGCGGGCAGCGCUUGUUCGAGCCGGAGCUCGAGGACGCCGCAGAGCACGUAAGUCUAGCGAAGCUAGCGGUUGGCGGCAUGGAGCCAGGCACGCGUGCAGAAGUCGCGGCCUUGUUGGAGAGCUCUCAGGAGCUGGGGACCAAGGUGGAAAAAGUGGUGCAGGUGCUGACGAGCGCAGGUCUUGCGUACAAGCGAAGGGAGCCUGUGACGGCUAUGCUCGUGCAUCCAAAAAAUCGCGGAGGGCUGAUGGUGCAACCGCACGAUGCACAUGCCAAUGGCAGAGUCAUGCUUGAGGCCGGGCUGCGGCGGGAGCUCCUGGAAGCUGGCAGCGUUUGCUUCGAGAUGAGCAGCGAUGCCACGUUGCGCGAGUCGCAGUACGCGGCCAACGAGCGCGUAGUCGCAGCUGCAGAGGGAAUGCUGGCGCCCGUGACCCGAACGGAACGGUUUCUCACCGUGGCGGGGUCGCACACAGCGGCCUUUUUGAAGGCGACCGUGACAGGCGCACGUGCCGCGGACGGUAGCAGCCUGGGCGCCCUUGUGGCGGGGCGCGAGCCGGACCACCCGGUGAACGUGCUACUUCGCGACGGCUGGGAAUGGUUGAUCAUUUCCUCUUCUGUUGAGGCGAGCUUUCCAGAGCUGGCGACUUCAUUCCAGCAGUCUUACAACACGGCGCACGCUGCUGCGAAGGUGCUGAGUGAGGUGGAGUGCAUGCAGACUUUUGCAAGUCUGUUCAUGCAGAAGAGAGCACAUGGCAGCUUGACCGAGGAAGAGCGCAAGGACGCUGCCCUGGAGCAGCUCUUGCUGUCGAAACCAGCGUGCGCGAAAUACGCGGGUAGCUUGGCGCAGUACGUUUUGUUGUACGGCGGGGGAGAAGGUGAGCGGUUCCCGCUGGUCGAGUUUUUGGCUUGCUUUAGCAAGGUCUUCGGAGCAUCUAUGAUGCUGGGGGAGGAUUUCGUGCGCGCAGUGGUCGCGACAGAAGUGAAGGGGCAACUUCUGCCGAUGGUGAGGUGCGCCUUGCUGGCAUGCCAGCUUACGGCGCCGGUGCAGAAAUGCAGGGAUGGGUUUGCGCGACUUCUCUUGUCGAGUGACGCAGAGAAGCUACGCGGGGCGGCGCUCGCGAAGCGGGUGGCGGAGACCGAGGAGUGUCUGGCGCGCGCUUGGCCGCUGUACCUGCAGGCGGCAGCUUUGGCGGAGAAUGGGGAGCCUCUGAAGGCUAUGGGCCGCUUGAUGGUGCGAGCCGUGCUCCUGCUACUGCAGAAGCAAAAGGCUGGAAGGGAGGCGCGGGUCUACGCGAACUUGGCGGAGGUGAGCGCGGUGUUCGCGAAGGAGCUGCAGGGCGAGGGUGCGCCUGCAGCGGCGGCGUCCGGGACCAAACGCUCGAAGCAGCAGCCGGAGAGAGCUCUGAGCUUGAAGGAGUGCGCCGACCCGGCGGUCGUGGCACUGCAGGGGAACAAGCACCUGAUGCUGGGAGAGCGGUAUACCAACAAGGAGCACGCUGCACAAGUCUUCCGCUUGGUGAGCUUGGACGCUGCGGGCGCGGUCUUUCGCGGGCAGCGCUUGUUCGAGCCGGAGCUCGAGGUCAUCGAGGACCUGCAGAAGCUGAAGAGCUGGAAGCGCACGCAAGCUGCGGAGUGCUUCCUUUGUGAGCCUGCAGUGGCUGCAGCUCUGCAGCCGCCGUGCGCCCUCAGCGGCGAAAUCCGCCGACUGCGUGCCCAAACCUUGCUUUGGCAGCACUUCGAGCAGCAGAGCUGCGGCACGGUGCUGUUUGCAGCCAAUCCGUGCGCGAUUUACGCGGAUAAAACCUACAAGGCGAAGAAGCUGAAGCUCUGGCCUGGGGGCACACUUGCUGCUGUCAAGGCCGGGGAGGCCAAGGAAGGUGCAGUGUUGGUGCAGUUCGAGGGCGAGAGUUUCGCUGUGCAGCCUGUGCGUCCCACCGCAGACUUUGCGAAGGCAAGCGUGCUUGUGGCGUUCUGGUGGGCGUACAAAACGUCCGACGAAGGCAACUUGCAGGUGACGAGUGCGAAAAUCGCAGGUCUGACCGUGCCGGUGCUGACGAAUGAGCAGGAAGUGCUGAAGCAUGAGCUUCUGCAGCUGAAAGCUCCCGACCAAGGCUCGCCGAAGAAGCGCGCCAAGAAGGCGGCGUGA